AUGCCUCCCUCGCCCACUUCCAACCAUGCUCCUUUCCUGACGAAUUUCUCGCCGUCCUCCUCUCCCCCUCCCUUCCUCUUGCUCAAGGCUGCUCAUCUUCAGACGACAAUGACGACGGCGAUUUCCACAAAGCCGACGCAGAGGAGGGCCUCCAGUCGCAGGUCGAAGCUCAGCGCUGUCUCGAGCGACCGCCACGUGCGCCCUGGCGUGGGGGAGCCCGCGGGUCACUCCCGGGCAGCCCCCACCCUAUUCUUCCUGCUCCUCCUUGUCCUCCCCGUCCCCGUCCCGCGCCUCGCCAGCGCGCGACAGGCGCGCAACCCCUCGGCCCUAUGA